CAUGUCGUCACGCCAGUAGGAACACACAAACUCAGUCUGUGCCAAUAUCAUCCGUACAGCUGUUAGCUUUGACUUGUGGCGCUUGUGGAAGACAAGUAUGACUACUAAUGUUAAGGAUAAAGACGCGUAUCUAAGGCUCAACUUUCUUUACCAGGCAGCUCACUGUGUCCUGGCUACAAAUCCUGAGAAUGUAGAGCUAGCACGUUUCUACUGUCACACAGAAAAGAAUAUUUCUAAGCGCCUUGUCCUGAGACAGGAUCCCUCUGUGAAAAGAACCAUUUGUAAGAAAUGCUGCUCUCUGCUGGUACCUGGUGUGACUUCAACAGUGCGACAGAGAAAGUGUAGACAACGGCAGCGAAAAACUGUGGUGCGGUGCCUUUCCUGUGGGAAAACGAAGCAAUUCCUCAAUAAUCCCAGUUAUGUCCUAUGGGGGGAUCGACCUGAGUCCCAGCCACAGUAUCAGCAGAGUCAAUCAAGUAAGCGCUGAAUGUAUUGGAAAAGAAGUCUGCAGCUUGCAGUCUCUGACUUUAGAACAAGUGGCCACCCAGAAACCACCAGUAAAUUCCAAAACUGCCAGCUGAAGAUAAAUAGCUUUAUGAUGGAAUCUUUUUUAAUGCAAGACUCUGAAAAUGACACAAUCAAAUUUUUUGUGCGUUUGUUAGAUUGCUUCUCACCAUGUUUAUUUUAUAAUUUUUUCACAACUGAAAAGGAUGAUCCUGACUAAAUUAACAGUGCCCAUCCAUUGUAAUUUUAGAUUUCAAAGCAAAAUAGAAUUUUUUCUCUAUUUUGCCAAAUGUUUAUUUUUCAUGUAAUUCUGUUGUGAAUUGUGUUGCAGAACAUGGUAGACUUCCAUCAAUAUUUAAAAGUCAUUUUUUUUAGAUAUUCUUAAAGUGCCUAUGUGAAUAUAUAACCAUUAACUCAGUGAGAUGGGUAAUAAAAAUACAGUUUAUUCUCCUUGCUGUGGCAAUUCAUCAGUAAUACAACUGUACAGUUUUUUUCCCCCCUCUAUGUUGAAUAAUAUACUGGUUAAACAAUGUACUUUCUCUUUCAAUGUAUCAGGCUACCUGUGUGGAGGACUAGUAGUGCCAAAGGAGGAUAUUUAGCCAUCAUUCUGCUGUAUUUUAUCCUGAUCUGUCAGUAUACAAGUGCUGUAUUAACUGAAGAAUGAAAUCUGUUUUCACUCCCGUAUUCUCUUUUUAUUUUACAUGAAAUUAAAAUAAGUUGGUCUAUUA